GUUGUUUUUAUGAUUUAUGACAUUCUACGUUUUGGUUAUAUCAUUGCUCUAUGAUUUCUUGACAUCCUAUGUGUAUUCUUGAUGUUUUAGAUGUUAGGAAAUCGAAUUAGAUAAUUCAACUUUUGUGUGUUUAAAAAAAAUAAUAAUAAUAAUUCAACUUUUGUGUUACUCACAGGACAUGUUCCGUCGUAUUUUCCUUUCGAUGUUGAUAUUAAAAGCCGUCGAUCUAUCAUAAAUGAUAUAUUAUAAAUCGAACAAACAUCCAAACAAACAAACGCAUGUCUGUGCAACCGUUACACUAAUCUCAUAUAUCUAUCCUAUUAAACAAAUAUUCAUGCGGGUCAAGAUGAUCUAGUUGAGUUUUAAUUUGAUUUCUUCUCUAAUUGAGUAGACCUUUUUGGUAAGGAAUCUAAUUGAGUAGACUUUAGGGAUGAAUCCAAAUCAUAUCAUCUACAUUUACCUUCUAGAUUCAUAUCCUAAAUUGAUACAGAUAUAACAAUUCAGUUGACACAGAUACAAUAUAGUCAAGUAUACUAAAACUGGAUUUUAUUUAUAACAAUUAAAGACAAUAUUUAGAUUCUUUUAAUUUGAUACGGUGCAUGAAUGGUCUCUCAUUUAUAAAUAUAUACAUCUUUUCAUGUUGACCUCAACAGAAAGUAAACGAAAAUUGCAGUAACCUUCACUUCAUUUUAGAAGAAAAUGGGGAAUUUACGAGCAGCUUCCUCUUGCCUACUCUCCUGUCUCCUUGUCUUGUUCUUGAGUUCAGUUUCAGCAGUCACAGAUGAUCCUCAAGAUGGACAGAAGGUGUAUAUCGUCUACAUGGGUUCACUUCCUUCACGAGCGGACUACACACCAAUGUCCCAUCACAUGAGUAUUCUUCAAGAGGUCACUAAAGAAAGUUCGAUCGAAGGCCGUUUGGUGAGAAGUUACAAGAGGAGUUUCAACGGGUUCGCUGCCCGGCUCACUACGUCGGAACUUAAACGAGUAGGCGGUGAGGGUCUUCGAUUGAGACAGAUUUAUAUUGGAAUGUUUUUUUUUUUGGUCCAAGUAUGGUUGAAUAACUAUUUCUAUGUUUCCUUAGAAAUGAAAGGAGUUGUGUCUGUGUUCCCGAACAAGAAGUUACGACUCCAAACGACUGUGUCUUGGGACUUCAUGGGUUUAAAGCAAGGCAAAAGCACAAAGAGGAACCUAAACGUGGAAAGUGAUACCAUUAUCGGAGUCCUCGACAGUGGGAUCACGCCUGAAUCUCAAAGCUUUUCCGACAAAGGCUUUGGUCCUCCUCCUAAGAGAUGGAAAGGUGUUUGUUCUGGCGGUCAAAAUUUCACAUGCAACAAUAAAUUGAUUGGGGCAAGAGACUACACAAGCGAAGGUGCUAGGGACACUGAAGGCCAUGGUACACACACAGCAUCCACCGCGGCUGGAAACGCAGUCGCGGACACAAGCUUCUUCGGAAUAGGCAACGGAACCGUAAGAGGAGGCGUCCCAGCCUCUAGAAUCGCCGCUUACAAAGUCUGUAACCUGGCAGGAUGUAGCUCGGAAGCUCUCUUGUCUGCAUUCGACGACGCUAUAGCAGACGGUGUGGAUAUAAUCACCAUCUCCAUCGGUGAUAUUGGAGCGUCCAAGUUCGUAGACGACCCCAUCGCCAUUGGGGCUUUUCACGCUAUGACCAAAGGUAUUCUCACUGUUGCCGCGGCUGGUAACAGCGGUCCGCAAGAAAGUACAGUCUCUGCUGUAGCGCCGUGGAUUUUAACGGCUGCAGCUAGUACCACGAACCGUGGGUUUUUCACACAAGUUGUUCUAGGAAACGGCAAGACACUUGUCGGGAAAGCGGUGAAUGCUUUCGAUAUGAAAGGACAAAAGUACCCACUGGUGUACGGAAAGUCUGCUCUUUCGUCCGUGUGCAACACGGAAUAUGCAGAGUCUUGUGAGCCACAGUGUCUAAGAGAAUCACUUGUGAAGGGAAAGGUCCUAGUGUGUAGUAGUCGGGAUACUGUGGGGGCGGUUGAAUCAGUAGGAGCUAUUGCAAUCAUUUACAAAAGCGAUAAGCCUGACGUGGCAUUUAUUGACCCCUUACCUGCUUCUGGUUUAUCAGAAAAAGACUAUGAAUCUCUCGUCUCUUACAUUGAGUCCACAGAUUCUCCACAAGCGACUGUUCUAAGAACUGAAGCAAUCUUUAAUCAGACUUCUCCCGUCAUUGGUUCUUUCUCUUCUCGUGGUCCAAACACCAUUGCUGUUGAUAUUCUCAAGCCGGAUAUAACAGCACCGGGGGUGGAUAUCCUCGCUGCAUAUUCACCUGUUGGUGAACUGUCUGAUCAAGAUACUAGACAUGUGGAUUACACUGUUCUCUCCGGAACUUCCAUGUCUUGUCCGCAUGUUGCAGGUGUGGCUGCCUAUGUCAAAUCGUUUUACCCUAAUUGGUCUCUUUCCAUGAUUCAAUCUGCCAUCAUGACAACUGCUUGGCCGGUAAAUGCUACUGGAACUGGCAUUGCAUCGACCGAGUUUGCUUAUGGAUCUGGACAUGUCAACCCGAUAGCCGCUCUAGAUCCUGGACUUGUCUACGAACUAGGCAAAGAAGACCACAUUGCCUUUCUCUGUGGCUUGAACUACACGUCAGAUACCCUUAAAAUCAUCUCUGGUGAAACAGUCUCGUGCUCAAAAGAAAACAAACUCUUACAAAGAAACCUAAACUAUCCUUCCAUGUCGGCUCGAUUAUCAGGAUCUGAUAACUCCUUCACGGUCAGUUUCAACAGAACAGUCACCAAUGUUGGUACACCGAACUCUACAUACACAUCAAAGGUAGCCGCGGGUCAUGGAUCUAAGCUCACCAUCAUGGUCACGCCUAGUGUACUGUAUUUUAAGACAGUCAACGAGAAGCAAUCGUUCAAGGUAACUGUUACAGGCAGUGAUCUCAGUUCAAAACUGCCUUCGUCUGCAAAUCUAAUCUGGUCUGAUGGGAGACAUAACGUCAGAAGUCCCAUUGUUGUUUAUACUGAUAGUUACUAGUGAUGCAUCAUCAGCUCGCCAUUGUCAUCAUAAAUAAAUCUGUAUUGUUGUUCUUAUAUUUCUUCAUUCAUGUUUAAAGCUAGUUUCUUUUAAAGGAGCUAAUGUUUUAACAGAAACAACCAUACAAUAAUAGAUUAUAAGAUUUUCCAUAUUUUUUGAACGUUUAGUUAAUUAUGCUAUUACUAACGAGAUGAGAACGAUUUUACAGAUACAAUUCUAUCACUCUAUGAAAAUUCACAUCUGACUGAACUACUCAGUAUUGCCAUAUAAAAUCUAUGUUCGAAAGUACGCCAUGCACCAAACUAAGAUCUUUUGUAACCCUUUUCUCUAUCAUCACGUGUAGAAUCAUUAAUAAACAAUAACAGGGCUUCCAUCCAUAUUUAAAUUUUGUUAAGCAUCUUUUUUAUAAAUGUAUUAUUUGACGACUGUCAACAAGGUUUAUUUCCAUCGGAAGAAUAAACCAUAAAAAGAUAUAACCACGUUUAUGUGAACAAUGACUAUAGAAAUGUAAAGAAAUAAAUUGUUCAUCGUGACAACGUUUAUGGGGUGAUUAGAAUAAGUUGUAACUUUACAUUUUUUGUAAUAGAAUUUAAGCUGUAGAUUUAUUUGAUGUAAAUUAUUUUGUUAUAAUUUUGUAAAUCACUUUUUUGUUCUGGAUAUAAAGAUUUCUAAGUAUUUUUUUU